AUGACCGACUCGAACAACAUGCCGAAUGGCUCCGGAGUCGACGCGUCCGGACUUCGCGAACGACUCCUUCAAAAGCCGGAUGCCCCGCAACAGGCCUCAUCCUCGGAAUCAGCCCACGAAGCCGUCAAGGCAUUGAACCAGCAAGAGGCCAACAAUGGCAAGGACGAAAAGGACAAGAAGACGUAUGGACGGACUCCAGAUGGCAAGGUCUUCACCGUGCCUCAUACCGAGGACAUGGUCUCCCAGCUGUUCGACCCAAUGCAACCAAAGAACGCUUCCGACAUUGCCAUUGUGGUGGCCUUGGGUGGCCAGUUCUUCCUCAUGUACAUCCUCCCAGAGCAACUACGAAUUCCCGUCUUCGCCGUGAUCUUCCUCUUCUGGCGAUGGUGUUACAACUUUGGCAUUGGAUGGCUGCUGCACAACCAGUCGCAUCAUAACCGCCUCGUGAGCUGGGCCAAGAAGACRAAGAUAUUCGAAAACCCCAAAAGCGGCAACAAUCCCCGUCCUGCCCUCUACAAGUUCCUCAAGAACGAAAUGGAAGCCAAGAUUCCCAAGGACUAUACGUUCGAAGAAGCCCCGAUCGAGUAUAACACUUGGCUGCUCUUCCGCCGAGUUGUAGACCUGAUUCUGAUGUCUGACUUCACCUCGUACUGCCUCUUUGCCUAUGCGUGCGGUGGUCGUCCUGCAAAUGAAAUGUACUUCAUGACCGCCGCGCGUUGGAUUGGUGGCGUGGCUCUGAUCGGCUUCAACCUAUGGGUUAAGCUCGAUGCACACCGAGUCGUCAAGGACUUUGCGUGGUACUGGGGUGACUUCUUCUACCUCGUCGACCAGGACCUGACUUUCGAUGGAGUUUUUGAGCUUGCUCCACAUCCCAUGUACUCGAUCGGCUACGUGGGUUUCUAUGGCAUUGCCAUGAUGGCUGCAAGCUACAAGGUUCUGUUCAUUUCAAUCAUCGCCCACGCAGCGCAACUUGUAUUCUUAACGGUUGUUGAGAACCCGCAUAUUGAGAGGACUUACAACUCGCCCGCACCACUGAAACGUGCCGAUUCGGACUCACCUGUGAAACGGCCACAGUACAGCACUCGAUUGAUGAGUGCUGGGCAUGUCAAUGGAGCUCCUCCGMUUGCUUCCAGCGACCGGCCCUCGCCAGUACACAACCUCAUUGGACUCCAGAAUGUGGAUAUGCAUCGUGUGACGGAUGUAUCGGUCAUCCUCCUUCAGGUCUACAUCUACAGCAUGGCGCUUCUUACGCCAUCAACACGGCCAUGGCAAGCAUUCUUCGUCUUCAACGCGAUCAUCUGGCGACUGUGGUACUCCAUCGGGAUCGGCUUUAUUCUCGAUAGACAGUCCAACAAGAAAUGGUGGACUCGCCAUUUUGUCAAGUACGGUGAAAGCACCGAGGAGGCCUGGCGUCAGUGGAAGGGAACGUACCAUAUCAGCAUGACAAUGUGCUACACCAGCUUCAUCUGUGCCGCGUGGAAGAUGUAUGGCCUCCCUGACGACUGGACAUAUAGCAUGGCGCUGCUGAGACACGUCAUUGGAAUUGCCUUAAUCUCACUUCAGGCCUGGACCAUCUCCAGCAUCCACGAAUCUCUGGGCGAGUUUGGCUGGUUCUUUGGCGACUUCUUCUUCCCGGACCGCGCGCCCAAGCUCACCUAUGGAGGCAUCUACCGAUUCCUGAACAACCCCGAGCGGACCAUCGGCUUGGCUGGUGUAUGGGGUGUUGCCAUCAUGACCUGGAGCAAGUCAAUGUUCUUCCUGGCGCUCAUGAGCCAUACAUUGACUCUCUGCUUUAUUCAAUUUGUGGAGAAGCCUCACAUGCAGAAGCUGUACCGACAAGGACUUCGCGAAACAUCAGGUGUUUCCAAGAACCUUCAACGUGUUCUGCCUGCACCUCUAUCCAAGUGGCAAGGAAGCGUGGAUCGUGUCCUGGACGAGACCCUCGACUCGCUGGAGGACUUCAUCGACGCCGCUGGUCCCAAACUCGCCGCUGGCUUCAGCACUUUCGUCCAGGACUCCACAACUUUGUUUAAGCAGUUCCCUGCGCGAGUUAGUAUCACUCGACUGACUCCCGAUCUUGCCGGUUUCGACCCAGUGGACUACUCUCUUGUGAUUGAUACUUCUCUUCCCGACUUCAAGUCCGAGGAAGUCGUACCUAGCGGGAGGGAAGGCGAGAUAGGGCAGAAGCCACUGAAGCGAACGGACAGUUUCAAACGCAUGGUAGUGGAGUACGGCGCACCGAUCAAGGUACGGUGGACCGCUCCUCUGAACCACAGCAAGAAAGACUGGAUUGGUCUUUACCGAGUCGGUGACAAUGCAUCCCGAGAGGUCACCAAGAUUGGAUGCCAGGGUCGCUGGACUGCGACCAACAAAGGUGCAUUCGACAUCUCCAGAGCUGAUGAGGGAAUCCUAGUGGAAGAACAACAAGUGCCAGCAGCGAAACGCACAGACGGAUCAGACAAAGACUUCUUAUCUGGAGAGAUUGAAUUCUCUGGCGACAAGUUGUGGUGGACUCAGGGAGUUUUCGAAUUCCGAUAUCACCACGAUGGAAAGCACAACGUCAUGGCCAUAUCCUUACCCUUCGAGAUCAAGAUCGACCGCUUCGACGAGGAAGAAGUCCAGGUAGACCAGCGUCUCGUCCGAAGCGUGGUUGAAGAAGCUGUCCUCCCCAUCGUGCAAAACUGCUUCGACCGGGACCCGGACGUCGCGCCUCGCAGUGUGGACGAAGCUUUUGGAUCAACAUUGGAGCGUGAGGGCAAGUAUGCCAAAAGAGUCGKGUAUGCGGUCCACCAGAUGUUCGGGAUCGAAUUCGCACCUGAAGUCGUCCAGGCCGAUGGCAAUGUGAGGAACCUGGCAUGGCGUAUUUGCAAUGCCAAGAAUGUGCUCAGGCCAUACAGUAUGAAGACUGGAACGACGACGCCACAGUGA